AUGUUCGUAUGGGACUUCAAUCUCGUCUGCGCAACUGAAUUGUACCAUGCACCCCUUUACUCAUCACCUCCUUUCAAUAACCGUCUAAAGUACGUUCAAAUCCUAUCUCAGACGUUUGACUCGUUCCCCUUCCACUUUUCCAGUGCCUCGCAGUCAAACGCUAUCCCCCUCUACGUGAUGAUUUGGAGGAGCCACAUGUCCAUCUAUCAGCGCUUUUUUGAGGAGUCCAAUGCGAUUGAACCGAAGGUCGCAGGUCUCUAUGAUCUCGGACCCACUAUAGGCCGGGGGCACUACGCAGUCGUCAAGAUUGCACAGCACGUCUUUACCGGUGAAAAAGUCGCAGUCAAGGUGAUCGACAAGACCAAGUUGGACGCACCCUCUCGAGAGCAUCUCUUUCAAGAGGUCGUCUGCAUGAAACUCGUACAGCACCCCAACGUGGUUCGGCUCUACGAGGUCAUCGACACUGUAAAUAAACUCUACCUCAUCCUAGAACUCGGAGAUGGAGGUGACCUCUAUGACUACAUCAUGAAACAUGAGCAUGGGCUGUCAGAAAAACUGGCAAAACGCUACUUCAGGCAAAUUGUCACCGCCAUUUCCUACUGCCACAAUCUCCAUGUUGUCCAUCGUGACCUUAAACCAGAGAAUGUUGUCUUCUUUGAACAACUGGGUGUUGUUAAAUUGACUGAUUUUGGUUUCAGUAAUCAAUUCGUCCCCGGAAAGCAGUUGGAUACAUUCUGUGGUUCGCUAGCCUAUUCCGCUCCUGAAAUACUCCUUGGUACUAAAUAUGACGCUCCAAAAGUCGAUAUAUGGUCACUGGGCGUGAUUCUAUUCAUGCUCGUCUGUGGUCGGUUGCCCUUUGAGGAAGCGAAUGAUAGUGAGACACUGACGAAGAUCAUGGAUUGCGAGUACCACCUGCCACCCCACUUAUCGCCCCAGUGCUGCUCCCUCAUUUCUCGUCUACUCAUUCGCGAUCCAGCCAAGCGCGCCACACUGGAGGAGGUGCUUCAAGACGAGUGGCUACAAAUGGCCAGUGAGGAGCUACCAAUCGGUCUAUUUUCAGUCCCUCUAAUCUCACAAGAGCAUCUUCAAUUCGAAGAUCACAUGGAGAUUUUGAAUAAAAUGGCCUCCGGUGGACUUGCUACAGUAGAUGAGAUUCAACAGGCUCUUGAUCGAAACGAAUACUCUCAUAUCUCCGCCACGUAUUUCCUUUUGGCCGAGAGAAAACUGAAAAGGAACUACAUUGAGGAGUAUAAGCUUCUUUCGGCUCAAGCGAAGGCUCUUGAACAAACUUUGAUUCUACAACAGAAAACACAACUGCAAUCUGUUGUGGAACAGUCCGAAAAGCCCCAAUCCCGAUCAGCGGCCCUCCCCAAAUCGAUCUCCGCCUCACUGGCGGCCUCCGGUGCUGAGGAACGACUUCGACGCUUUUCCAUGAUUCUUGAGGAUGAGGAGGAAAACGACGAGGAGGCGCCUUCUGUUUCUGCCGUCGGAGUGUGUGGUAUGGAUCAUAGGCUUGCAGAUGAGAUUAACUUCAACGAAACAACCGAUGAGGCCCUACUCCACGAGGAGCAGGAGGAAUUUGAGGCGGUUGCUAGUCUCGCUUGCGUUCGUUCCGAACUUCUCUCGGAGCUCGAAAGCAGUGAUGUUGGCGCAGCUUCAGAUCUGCAUGCGCUAGACCUGGAGCCGGCAAAGUAUUUUACUCGACCGAACUCGAGAGCGGACCUGCCCGAACGGGUCGCUUCGGAGACCUCGUUGAAUGCCGGAGUCGGAGAUACCGGUCGUCGAUCGGUCUCCUCUCUGCUUACGUCCCGUCACCUCCGUUCUACUCGACCCUCUUUGCGUCCAUUGAUCUCUGUUAAAAGUAGUCCGCAGUUGCUUGAUUAUAUAGCCGAGGAGGAUGGUGAGUGGAAGAUCCCGGCUGAAAAUGAGGAAGAACUGUCUAAACGUCCUCCUAAUCAGUUCCUCACCGCUGUUAAACAGCCGCGUCAGACUUCUGUCAACAGAAAAUCCAUGAGUUCUAUUUAUGCGAAUCGAAGUUCGAUGCCACGGGCGCGUAGCCCUCCAUGGUCCACACGAAAAUUUUACACUGGUUCAGCUGCAAGCUUCAGCGCCAACUCUUCGCGGCCUCUCAGCGGUGUUAACCUGUGGCCAGCGGUUGAUCGGAGAUGGCGGCAGUCACCAUCGGGAGCAGGAAAUCUGUUCCUCACCUCACGGCACACCCCGAAUAAUUGCAUUCGACCUACGAAUUCAUCUACUGUGCGUGAUAACCGGCGAAGGAGCGGUCCACCCGGCUUUUAUGUUCUGGGGCAAGGAAACAACAGCGCAUCUGCUCAUUUGAGCCUUCUUCGAAUGAGCCUUAACUUCACCACUGGCCGCUUUGCCAUUGAAGCGCCCGAUCGUGACCUUCCAAAGCCCGCUCUCGAACCGCCUAUGUCCACUUUGGAGGAGGCGCCACAGCCUCAGGAGGGUGACGUCUCCAAUGCUCGCUUCAGUGUUUCUUGCCAAUCCGCCCCCAACAUUCUCGACCAUCUUUUUAUUAAGCCUCCCGUCGCCACAGAUGUCUGUGCAACCAUUCGAGAAGAGGAGGAUGAAAACAAGACACACAGUCCUUCCAAGGAUGAAGACGAGUUGAAGCCAUCAUCUCCGCAUUCAUCUCUCGCUCCUAAAACGUCACCGGCUAUCGUAAACACCCAUCGUUUGUCUGCGGUGUGGUGCGCUGCAGCACCAACGUACGUACGCGCUUCGAACCGACAGCAGAACGGUCUCACUUCAUCAAAUUUUUCACUUGCCUCCUUGGCCAGUAGCCUCCGUGAUUCGCGCCACAUGGUGGAUGUUCUGAGGGGCACUUACGAGCUACAAAUGCAGUCACGGCGGCGAACGGGAGGAUUUCCUCGUAUCUCAACAGGUUCCAGUUUCGAUGGACUUCCUCCACCACCCUCCACCUCUCCCUUGGUGAGGAGUCUAACUCUGGUCAACCAGCCGGGCAUGUCCGUGUCAGCAAACGCCUCCUUGCGACGACCUCGCAUCAACGCCACUCAAUCCGCUCUUCGACAAUCCUCCGCCUCCCCACCUCCCCGAAUAGCCACUGCUCCUCCCGCCACUGCAUUCAAGACCAAUCUCCCCAAAAAUCCCAUCGCUCCAAAUGGGGACACGCGUUAUGCAACCUCAUCGGUGUCAACCGAUUCCAUGCCUGUGGCAAACUCUUUCUUUUACAUCCCCUCCUCCAAUAAUUCCCUUGCCACUACCACCACUACUGCCACCGGUGCCAUUACGAAGGUAGACUGCAACCUCCCUCCUCCGCUUCCACCACCCCCGCCUCCCAUUCCUGAGGAGAGUUCCUCUAAGCCCGCCCGAUUUCUCGCCUUUUCCAAGGGGAAGUUCUAUCCUCUUCGACUCGCCCGUCUUAAGACCAUCAAUAAGGCGGAUGGGGUUGGCUGCUACUGCCUUAUAAGCUGUCUGGCGGUGCAGCAACUUGCCCAUUCUCGAUACGCCGUGGGAUGGUCCACGUCUGUUUACUGUGAAGCAUGA